GUAAAACCAAUUCUAUCCAAAUUAGGGAAACUAGAGAUCAAACUAGAUUUCAGAUAAAUUUUUUACUCAAAUAGCUAUCCAAACGUUUCCACAUUGGAUCGGUCACCAAGUCCCUGGGACCACAGUUUUCGUCAAUUUGAACACACACCACUAGAACCGUACUCUCCAAAGAUGAUUAACAUCGCUGGCCUGAUUUCGAUCAUACUCUUUUACGCGUUGAUCCUUGGCGUUGGUAUAUGGGCAGCAAGAAAGAAAGAAUCUGGUAAUGAUUCCGAGGAGGAGGUCAUGUUAGCUGGCCGUUCGAUCGGCUUGUUUGUCGGAAUCUUUACAAUGACAGCAACAUGGGUAGGAGGAGGAUACAUCAACGGUACAGCCGAGGCGAUUUACACGAAAGGUCUGGUCUGGUGUCAGGCACCAUUCGGAUACGCUCUAAGCCUUAUUUUUGGUGGCAUAUUCUUUGCAAACAAGAUGCGACAACAAGGGUACAUUACGAUGCUAGAUCCGCUUCAAGAUGCAUUCGGGAAACGAAUGGGUGGUCUUCUAUUUCUUCCUGCUCUAUGCGGUGAGGUAUUCUGGGCAGCUGGUAUUCUAGCUGCUUUGGGUGCCACAUUAGCUGUCAUUAUCGAUAUGGACCAGGGUGCAUCCAUCAUUUUAAGCGCCUGCAUUGCAGUUUUUUACACUCUAUUCGGCGGCCUCUACUCCGUCGCUUAUACCGACGUCAUCCAACUUUUCUGCAUUUUCAUCGGACUGUGGAUGUGCAUCCCAUUUGCUUGGGCUAAUCCAAAGGUAGAGUCACUUAGUUCCAUGGAUGUCGACUGGAUCGGCGAGAUCAAACCCGAGGAGUACUUUUAUUACGUAGAUUAUGGGUUACUUCUGAUAUUUGGCGGCAUACCUUGGCAAGUUUAUUUCCAGCGAGUACUUUCGUCAAAAUCUGCAGGAAGAGCGCAAUUGUUGAGUUACGUUGCAGCUGUAGGAUGCAUACUCAUGGCUAUUCCUCCCGUUCUGAUCGGAGCAAUCGCCAAAGCAACACCUUGGAACGAAACAGGUUAUCACGGGCCAUAUCCGUUGACGGAAACCGAAACAAGUAUGAUUCUACCAAUGGUCCUGCAGUAUCUCACGCCAGACUUUGUUUCCUUUUUUGGAUUGGGUGCUGUAUCAGCAGCUGUUAUGUCAUCGGCUGACAGUAGUAUCCUCUCUGCCAGCUCGAUGUUCGCCAGAAACGUUUAUAAGUUGAUCUUCCGGCAGCGGGCAUCGGAGAUGGAAAUCAUUUGGGUGAUGAGAGCAGGCAUAGGAGUAGUUGGUGUCCUCAGUACAGUGAUGGCUUUGACGAUACCUUCGAUCUACGGAUUAUGGUCAAUGUGUUCCGACUUGGUUUACGUUAUCCUCUUCCCUCAACUUCUAAUGGUCGUUCAUUUUAAGGAGUACUGCAAUACUUACGGCAGCUUGUCCGCUUAUAUAAUAGCAUUUCUGGUGAGGAUUAGUGGUGGUGAGCCAUUGAUCGGUUUGCCAGCACUGAUCCAUUAUCCUUGGUACGAUGAGGAAACCAAAAUUCAAAUGUUCCCGUUCAGAACAAUGGCGAUGUUACUUUCCUUGAUAACAUUGAUUGUCGUCUCCUAUGUUACGCAAGUUCUCUUUGAAACUGGUAAACUGGCUCCAAGAUAUGACAUCUUCAGAUGCGUGGUGAACGUACCAGAAGACAUCGAACGUGUUGGACCAGAUCCAGCAGAAGGUGAACAAAUGGCAGUCCUUGCAACAGGAGCCGGAAAGCUCUAUGGUAGCAAGAACGAAUCACACGGACGAGUGAAUCCUGCACUCGAGCCGGACUACGACAUGGAACCUGGUUAUACGACCGUCGGGAUAUCUGAGGAGGUCGUCGACAGUGGUGGAGGUGGGGGAAAGGUAGGUCUUUAUGGACUUAACAUGCCUCGUCAAUCGCAAUCCACCACCGCGUUCUAAAUACUGAUUCCAUGAUCGAAUGCUGUGACUUACAAUAAUUGUGGCGGUGCGGGUACGUCUCUCUCUCUCACUAAUCUUUCCUAUACACAUUCAUAUUUCUCUCUCUCUUUUUCUCUCUAUCUUCAGCAAUGUGCAUUAUAUGUUUGUUAUUCUUUCU